AUGAAUGUAGAAUGUCGAUUUUAUGUGAACAAGAACCUUGAGCCACUUAUGUUCGAAGAACUACGACUGUCAAUUGGACGAGGUGUGGGUGGGUUUCUUCCGGCCGUCCGUCAGCUGGGCAACGUCGCUGCCCUACCAGGAAUUGUUGGGCACUCGAUUGGGCUUCCUGACAUUCAUUCAGGAUACGGAUUUUCUAUUGGUAAUAUCGCGGCAUUUGAUGUUUCUGACAAGAAUUCAGUGAUUUCCCCAGGAGGAGUAGGUUUCGAUAUAAACUGCGGUGUUCGCUUGAUAAGAACUAAUCUUUACGAAGAGGAUGUGAAACCUGUGAAGGAACAGCUCACUCAAGCCUUGUUCGAUUACAUUCCUGUCGGUGUAGGUUCACGCGGUGCAAUUCCAAUGUCUGCUUCUGAUCUCGUUGAUUGCCUUGAAAUGGGAAUGGACUGGACAUUGCGCGAAGGAUACUCUUGGGCUGAGGAUAAAGAACACUGUGAAGAGUAUGGUCGAAUGCUGCAAGCAGAUGCUACGAAGGUUUCAACCAGAGCAAAGAAAAGAGGCCUUCCUCAGUUAGGCACACUGGGUGCUGGAAAUCACUAUGCGGAAGUACAAGUGGUAGACGAAAUUUUCGAUAAGCACGCUGCUGCCAAAAUGGGAAUUGGAGAGCUAGGUCAAGUAGUCGUGAUGCUGCAUUGUGGAAGUCGUGGCCUUGGUCAUCAAGUCGCCACUGAUGCUCUGGUAGAAAUGGAGAAGGCAAUGUCACGCGACGGUAUUGUUGUUAAUGACCGCCAGCUGGCCUGCGCACGUAUACAUUCCAACGAAGGACAAGAUUACUUGAAAGGAAUGGCUGCUGCUGCGAAUUUUGCCUGGGUGAAUCGAUCAUGUAUGACAUUUUGUGUACGGCAAGCAUUCGCCAACGUCUUUACGAUGCAGCCGGAUGACCUGGAUAUGCAGAUGAUUUAUGACGUGUCUCAUAAUGUGGCAAAGAUGGAAGAACAUUUGGUGGACGGUCGCCCAACACAACUUUGCGUUCAUCGUAAGGGAGCUACUCGAGCGUUCCCUCCACAUCAUCCUUUGAUUCCCAUUGAUUAUCAGUUGACUGGACAGCCAGUGCUUAUUGGAGGUAGUAUGGGGACCUGUAGCUACGUCCUCACAGGAACUGAACGCGGUAUGGUUGAAGCGUAUGGUACAACUUGUCAUGGGGCGGGUCGAGCCUUGUCCCGAUCGAAAUCCCGUCAAAAGAUUCCAUGGAAUGAAGUUAUCGAAGGCUUGAAGAAAAAAGGAAUAUCUAUACGUCUAGCUUCUCCGAAGCUCAUUAUGGAAGAGGUGUGA